AUGGCCGCGAUGCGCCCGCGAUGCCGAUGCCGGGGCCGGGGCCGGGAGCGUCAGCCCGGCUCGCUAGGGCCCCGCGCAGGCCGCCCGCCGCCGCCGCCCCUGCGCCAUCCCGGGCGGCCUCAGCCCGCGCGCCGGUUCCGCAUUCCCGCCGCCCUCCGGGCUCCGCCGCCGCCGCUCGUGUCUCCGCCGCGGUCGCUGAGCGAGUGCCGGCGCAGGGCCCGGGGCGCACGCUGCGCUCUGGCCGGCAAGGCCCGCGGGCGGCCCCCAGCGGUGCAGGCGAGCGUGUGGCCUCCUCCCUCGGCCGCUCCGGCGCCCCCAGCCCGCGCGCCCCGCGGACCCGCCGGGAAGUCGCCCGCCGCCCGCCCCCCAUCCGCGCGCAGCGUCCCACCUGCCUGGGCGCGAGGCCGCCCCAAAACCUGACCAGCCUGGGUGGGACCCUCGUGCCGCCGCGCGCGCUGGGACGGAGCCUGCACACCUACUGUGGCUGGCGCAGAGGGCACCUACUGAGCCCCCUAAGACCAUGGGCAUGGGGGUGCUCGUGGAAGGCAGGUGUGUGUAUCCUGCUCUAGGGACCAGGGCGCUCACACCAUCCCUGCCUGGGAGGGACGGCCAGCAGGUGACAAACGCCAGCGUCCCAUUGCAGAGGUCACAGAGGGCCCAGAUGGAGCCUCCCCUUGAGACCCACCCAGCCGCCCACCACCCACAGAUGGGACCCUCUGGGCACCCCUCCCACUCAGGCAGGCUGAGGGGCCCCGCCGGGACUUCACAUGGGGGCUGACAGUAUACCCGGCUGAAAACAAACUGGAACAUACCAGACUGAAAAAGGAAAGCCUCUCCCCACUGCCUUCCAGGCAACCACUGUUAACAAAUUCCUCAGCACCUUCCAGAAUGAA